GCUCUAUUUCCAAAAAUGCCCUCCAUUUCCAAUAGAGGGCGCUUUUCAAAACCCAGCAUUUUCUGCAAUAUAUAUGUAAAUGUAUUGCAUGAUAGACAUGACAAUAAUCAUUGAUUUGAGGCAAGUGUCACUCUCUAUAAUAAAAAUAAAUAAUCUUAUACGCGAUAAUGUAAUCUUUUCCUUGACCUGAUAAUAUACUUGGCUCCUAAUACAUGUGAUAUUAUCAUGUCAAGGAACCAAACGGUUGACUCGCAUAACAAUAGCCAGUACUGCAUCAAUUAAAACGGCUUGUUGAACACUUGAUCUCGUGACUUGUUUACCUGAUAAAUUAAUAACUCAAUUUUAUUUUCAUUUUUUUUCUUUCAACGCAGAAUACACAGGAUGACAUUCCGCCAUUUCGAGGGCCUCAAGAGCCAUCUGCAUCAUCUAGUCUAGUCAGUCCAGUGCCACUGAAAACGCCAAUUACCUGGACUGAGAAAAUGAACGUCAUGUUGUGCCGGGAAGUGGAUUACAUCAAUCCAUUUCAAUACAAAGAGCGAACAAAGGAAAGGGGGAAAUGCUGCGAAGAGGUGGCGGCCAAUCUACGUAAGCAUGGUAAUGAUGUGACGAAGAGAAGCGUAAGGGACAAGUUUAAGGCCUUGAGAGAUCAGGUAGUAAAACGGAAUAACAAAGAAGUGAGGGAAAGUGGUAUCGCCCCAGAUCCUAGCGACAUUAACAAGGAGCUAACUUAGCUUAUGGAGGACCUGGUGGAAUUGGAAAGUGAGCAAUAGUUUGAGACAACAGACAAACAGAAGGAGGCGAAGAAGAAACUGGAUGGGGUAGAGAUGAGGAAACGUGCAAUGGAGUCAUUCAGUGAGACAGACAAAAGGUUGAAGUCCGAGGAAGAAGACAAACAAAUGAGGAAGAGAAACACAGGAAGUGACGCUAGCCUGUUCUUGCUAAAGAAAUUGGAAAUGGACAGAGAAAUGAAAGAGCGGAAGUUGGAGCUGAAAAGGGAGGAGGCCCAGAGAAGGCAAGAGAAAGAAGAAAGAGAAGAGGAAAGAAGGAGACAAGAUGAAGAAAGAAGACGGGAGAAGGAAGAACGAGAGGAAGACAGAAGGAGGCGGGAUGAAGAAAUGAGGCGAGACAGGGAAGAAAGGGAGGAGACCAGAAGAAGAAGGGAUGAGGCAGACAGAGAGAAGAGGAUGGAGCUUUUACAGCAGCAGCUGAUGCAACAGAACCAAAUGAUUGUAAUGCUGCUAAAGAACAAACAUGAGAAGUAAUAUAAAGCCAUCAGAUGCAUAUUUCCAGUGUUGCUACGUACAGUUUUUCUCCUAUAGUGUCAUUCCGUGUCUGUUCAACAUGAUUUUGGACCCGACCCUCACAGAUGGUAAAGAUAUUUGGUGUGAUGAUUGGCCUAUUUGAAAACUCCCCC